CGCAGGCGCGGUUCCCGCCUCCUCCUGGCCGGCGGAGCGAGUGGAGGCUGGAGCCCGGCUCGUCUCGGCGCUCGCGUCGCCGCCGCCGCGAAGCCCCCCGCCCCGCUUCCGCCGCGUCGGAAUGAGCUCCCGGAAAGUGCUGGCCAUUCAGGCCCGAAAGCGGAGGCCGAAAAGAGAGAAACAUCCGAAAAAGCCGGAGCCUCAACAGAAAGCUCCUUUAGUUCCUCCUCCUCCACCGCCACCGCCACCACCACCACCUUUGCCAGACCCCACACCCCCAGAGCCAGAGGAGGAGAUCCUGGGAUCAGAUGAUGAGGAGCAAGAGGACCCUGCGGACUACUGCAAAGGUGGCUAUCAUCCAGUGAAAAUUGGAGACCUCUUCAAUGGCCGGUAUCAUGUUAUUAGAAAGCUUGGAUGGGGGCACUUCUCUACUGUCUGGCUGUGCUGGGAUAUGCAGGGGAAAAGAUUUGUUGCAAUGAAAGUUGUAAAAAGUGCCCAGCAUUAUACGGAGACAGCCUUGGAUGAAAUAAAAUUGCUCAAAUGUGUUCGAGAAAGUGAUCCCAGUGACCCAAACAAAGACAUGGUGGUCCAGCUCAUUGACGACUUCAAGAUUUCAGGCAUGAAUGGGAUACAUGUCUGCAUGGUCUUCGAAGUGCUUGGUCACCAUCUCCUCAAGUGGAUCAUCAAGUCCAACUAUCAAGGCCUCCCAGUACGUUGUGUGAAGAGUAUCAUUCGACAGGUCCUUCAAGGAUUAGAUUAUCUACACAGUAAGUGCAAGAUCAUUCAUACUGACAUAAAGCCAGAAAACAUCUUGAUGUGUGUGGAUGAUGCAUACGUGAGAAGAAUGGCAGCUGAGGCCACUGAGUGGCAGAAAGCAGGUGCUCCUCCUCCUUCAGGGUCUGCAGUGAGUACGGCUCCACAGCAGAAACCUAUAGGAAAAAUAUCUAAAAACAAAAAGAAGAAACUGAAAAAGAAACAGAAGAGGCAGGCUGAGUUACUGGAAAAACGCCUGCAGGAGAUAGAAGAAUUGGAGCGAGAAGCUGAAAGGAAAAUAAUAGAAGAAAACAUCACUUCAUCUGCACCUUCCAAUGAGCAGGAUGGUGAAUAUGGCCCAGAGGUGAAACUAAAAACAACAGGAUUAGAGGAGGCGGCCGAGGCAGAGACCACAAAGGACAACGGUGAAGCUGAGGACCAGGAAGAGAAAGAAGACACUGAGAAAGAAAACAUUGAAAAAGAUGAUGAUGAUGUAGAUCAGGAACUUGCGAACAUAGACCCUGCUUGGAUAGAAUCACCUAAAACCAAUGGCCAUAUUGAGAAUGGCCCAUUCUUACUGGAGCAGCAACUGGACGAUGAAGAGGAUGAUGAAGAAGAUUGCCCAAAUCCUGAGGAAUAUAAUCUUGAUGAGCCAAAUGCAGAAAGUGAUUACACAUAUAGCAGCUCCUAUGAACAAUUCAAUGGUGAAUUGCCAAAUGGACGGCAUAAAAUUCCUGAGUCACAGUUUCCAGAGUUUUCCACCUCAUUGUUCUCUGGAUCCUUAGAACCUGUGGCCUGCGGCUCUGUGCUUUCUGAGGGAUCACCACUUACUGAGCAAGAGGAAAGCAGUCCAUCCCAUGACAGAAGCAGGACGGUUUCAGCCUCCAGUACUGGGGAUUUGCCAAAAGCAAAAACCCGGGCGGCUGACUUGUUGGUGAAUCCCCUGGAUCCCCGGAAUGCAGAUAAAAUUAGAGUAAAAAUUGCUGACCUGGGAAAUGCUUGUUGGGUGGUAAGUAGAAUUUUCUUUUUAAAACACUUUGAUCAUGAUUCUAUGUGCAAAGACACUUUUUCAAUGUCUGUGUUCUCUGUGGUAAUGCAGUCUGUUCCCUUCCAGCAUAAACACUUCACGGAAGACAUCCAGACGCGUCAGUAUCGCUCCAUAGAGGUUUUAAUAGGAGCGGGGUACAGCACCCCUGCGGACAUUUGGAGCACGGCAUGUAUGGCAUUUGAGCUGGCAACGGGAGAUUAUUUGUUUGAACCACAUUCUGGGGAAGACUAUUCCAGAGACGAAGACCACAUAGCCCACAUCAUAGAGCUGCUAGGCAGUAUUCCAAGGCACUUUGCUCUGUCUGGAAAAUAUUCUCGGGAAUUCUUCAAUCGCAGAGAUCACAUAGCAUUGAUCAUUGAACUGCUGGGGAAAGUUCCUCGAAAAUACGCUAUGUUGGGGAAAUAUUCCAAGGAGUUUUUCACCAGAAAAGGAGAACUCCGACACAUCACCAAGCUGAAGCCCUGGAGCCUCUUUGAUGUACUUGUGGAAAAGUAUGGCUGGCCCCAUGAAGAUGCUGCACAGUUUACAGAUUUCCUGAUCCCGAUGUUAGAAAUGGUUCCAGAAAAACGAGCCUCAGCUGGUGAAUGCCUUCGGCAUCCUUGGUUGAAUUCUUAGCAAAUUCUACCAAUACUACAUUCUGAGCUAGCAAAUGUUCCCAGUACAUUGGACCUAAACGGUGACUCUCAUUCUUUAACAGGAUUACAAGUGAGCUGGCUUCAUCCUCAGACCUUUAUUUUGCUUUGAGGUACUGUUGUUUGACAUUUUGCUUUUUGUGCACUGUGAUCCUGGGGAAGGGUAGUCUUUUGUCUUCAGCUAAGUAGUUUACUGACCAUUUUCUUCUGGAAACAAUAACAUGUCUCUAAGCAUUGUUUCUUGUGUUGUGUGACAUUGAAAUGUCAUUUUUUUGAAUGAAAAAUACUUUCCCCUUUGUGUUUUGGCAGGUUUUGUAACUAUUUAUGAAGAAAUAUUUUAGCUGAGUACUAUAUAAUUUACAAUCUUAAGAAAUUAUCAAGUUGGAACCAAGAAAUAGCAAGGAAAUGUACAAUUUUAUCUUCUCGCAAAGGGACAUCAUUCCUGUAUUAUAGUGUAUGUAAAUGCACCCUGUAAAUGUUACUUUCCAUUAAAUAUGGGAGGGGGACUCAAAUUUUAGAAAAGCUACUAAGUCUUGAGUGCUUUGUAGCCUGUGUUGCAUGUAGCAGACUUUAACUGCUCCAAGGAGUUGUGCAGACUUUUCAUUCCAUAACAGUCCUUUCACAUUGGAUUUUAAACAAAGUGGCUCUGGGUUGUAAGGUGUCAUUCUCUGUAUGGCACUUGAAAAGAAGAAAAGAUACGCUUCUCAUUUUAAAAUAUGCAUUAUAAUUUAGCAGUCCCAUUUGUAUUUUUGCAUAUUUUUGAAAGUACUUUUAAAGAAAAAGAGCGAUUUCCCUUUAAAAAUGUGAUGGCUCAGUACCGUGUCAUGUUGUCUCCUCUGGGCGCUGUAAGUUAAGCUCUACGUAGAUUAAAUUGGAAAAGAGAAACGUGUGCAUUUUGUGGAAUGAAAAAAUACAUAUAUUUUUGGAAAAGCAUGAUCAUGCUUGUCUAGACCACAAGGUAUGAUAUAUACAAUUAGCAGUGCAGUGGGCAGAAUACUCCUUAAAGCUAGAAGGUAACAGUGAUCACAUUCAUUCCAUAGGUAGCUUUAUGUGUGGCUACAACAAAUUUUACUAGCCUUUCAUUGUCUUUUCCAGGAAAUGAAGUUGAGAAAAUGAUUUUCCCUUUGCAGGUUGCACACAGUUUUGUUUAUGCAUUUCCUCCUUAAAAUUAAUUGUAGAAUCCAGGACACAAACCAUAGUAGGCAAUACAAUUUUAGAAUGUAAUAUAUAGAGGUAUAUUUAGCCUCUUUUAGAAGUCAGUGGAUUGAAUGUCUUUUUAUUUUAAAUUUUACAUCAUUAAGGUGCCUCGUUUUUGACUUUGUCCAAUUAACAUUUAUCCAUAUGCCUUUGCAAUAACUAGAUUGUGAAAAGCUAACAAGUGUUGUAACAAUAAUCCAUUGUUUGAGGUGCUUGCAGUUGUCUUAAAAAUUAAAGUGUGUUGGGUUUUUUUUCCAGACAUUGCCUUGGUCAUUGCCCUGUAAGUGAUAGAAUCAAUGAACAGUUGCUAUCAGUUUAAGUGUCACCAAAACUAAAUACCAGCAUUCCUGUUGCAGCAAAUGUAGAACAUGCAUUAAGGCUUAUUAUAAGGAAAUUAUUUGUUAUUUUUUAAGGGCAGAAGGGAUUUAGGAGAAAAGCUACAGUAUAGAUUGAUUACCCAGAAUUUCAAUGAUCCCUUUUCAUCCAUGGUUCAUCAGAAACAUACUAACUGCAUUUGUUUGGUCAUUGAUUGCAAACGUAAAAGGGCAUUCCCUGUUAGGGAACAAGACACAUAACCCGCUUAGGAAUUGCCAUUAUAUCACAUACCACUGUGAGGUAGAAUGUACCAUUUGUUCAUUUCUUUAUAGAAUGUGCAUGCUAAGUUUUUCUAAUGAGGCUGUAGGUUUCCAUGUAGAUUCUAUGAUAGAUGGUGGCUGUAGACUGGUGAUACUAUCCAUGAUUUCUGUAGGAAACAUCCUUACAACAACCAUAGAGCACAAUUCAUAUCUUCCCUAAGUGUAAAAGGAUUUUUAUCAGGGUGAUAGUAUACUUGAAUGAAAUUUGUCUAAUGCAGUUUUUGCUCAUGCUGGAAAAUAACAACUAGAUUAUGAAUUUUUA